AUGCAGUCGCCAUAUGAGGCUGUAUACGGUUUUGACAGGACACACAUCAAGCGUUUGUCACUGCAAGAAUAUAUGCGUGAGAAAGACGGUCCUUCUCCCACUACUACUAGUGCUAGUGUUACGACUACUUCGUCCUUAACAACAAAAGGUGGAAUGAGCGAAGCACUGCGUUCACGAGACCCCAACGUGCAAUUCUGCUCAAAGUAUCCACUAUACGAUCGUUUCGGGCGUGAGCUCUGCGUAUUGUAUCAGAUUCUAGAGAUGGAAGUACAACAGGAGAUGCGGCGAGUUGAACAAGGGGGAGAUAUGACACGGAAGUCGGGAGUACGUCUUAGCACAGAGAUAACAUUUGACGAUACCACUGAUGAGUCAUCAUCAGCAGUACAGUAUCAACAGCAACGAGAACAAAAACAAGGUAGUAGUGUCUAUCGUCCAACUCCGUUCGUUGCUUUUCCUUUAGGAGAUGAGGAGGAGGAGGAUGAUGAUAUUGAUGUAUCUGCUUCGUCUAACCAGUUCUCUCCUGUAACAGUUUCAUCACCACAAGGUACAAACACUACUGUUCAGCCCUCACGCGGGUCAAGUUUUUCUAUUUAUCGUGACAGCCGGUUAAAUUCGUGCGUGAAAUCACCAGGAGCUUGGAGUGCAAACGUACCCCCACCACCACGACAACAACAACAACAAGAACAGGAGCAGGGAAAAACACUUGUAUCAAAUGGUCAGCACUCUGCCGCAUUUACUUUACGACACUUCUUAGACAAUGAUGUAAAUACCAAUAUGGUUCAUUCAACAGAGACUUCUACCACCUUCCAGGUACUUCCACCGCCACCGCAGCGCAGCAGCACGGCGUCUCCGCUGCAAUUCGGUACUGGAGAUACUCUAACACCUGACGACGCUGUUGGUAACACACGAGAGACACUUGACACAACAGCUGGUACAGAUCCAUUGCGGUUAACGACCGUACGGCCAUCUGAGUUUCGUACGACAAAGCAACUGUUUCUCCCUGGCCGCACAACAAUCAUGCGACGUACUGUUGAACAUGCAAAACCAAUUCCGACUCAAGCAUAUGGUUUUCAAAGCGAGAUGAUACCAGCUUCAAUUGUAGCACCACUUAUCGCAGCCAACUUGGAAGCUCACUGUAGUAGUGGGGAUUUCUGCGAUAUUGAUGGAGUUACACCACAUUUACUUCCUGGUGCUGAGGUGGUAUUGGGGGAACGUCGAUGCCGUAUUCUCCGCUACCACACCUCCGCUGACGUGUACGAGGCGUAUGAGUGCGGGGAUACACUAUUACCAGAGAAUAAUACCACAACUCCUCUGCAAGUGCUUCUCUACAGAUGGAGUGUACGUGCGGUCCAGCAGCAGGUGAAUGAGGCAUACCGUGCGGCGCUUGGUCUCUCCCUCGUUGCUCCUGCAGUGACAGUCGUUGGCUAUCGUUACCGUGAUGGCGGGUUAACAGCCAUUAUCAUGCCAGCUGGAUACCGCGCCAUUCCACUUUCUACUGUACCUUUAUCCGAACGUUCCUUUCCGACUUGUGUGAAGCUCAUGCUGCGGAUGCUUUCAGAUCUUGUAGUGAAACGCACUAUUCAUGGUAAUUUAAGAGGUUUAAAUCAUUUAUUUUUCGCUAUUCGAACUCCUGGAAGCCCUUCCGAUAUGCCAGUGGCGUUGCUUGUUCCUGUACAUUGGGAGAAACUCAUUGAUUUCAGUAUGUUUGUGGAUCGAAAUGCCGGUCGCACGAUCCCCAUGAUAGAGGAUGAUGGGGGUACUCGCAAAGGUACACGUAUAUAUCAUGGACAGGAUGUGUCAAUGAUAGUUAGCUUGUUACUCGAAAAUGAACUUUCGCAGCAUUUACAACAGGAUCAGCUUGCUGAAUUGCAUCGACUCAUGAUGAUGACAACAGAGCCCACACAAGUUGCUAACUAUUUGAUUCAACUGAAGAAUACCAUGACAGUCAUUCCCUCCGACAUGAAUACACUCUAUCAGGAGUACGAAACAGCGUUACAAUGCCUCUGA